AUGGCAUAUGGACUAUUAAGAAGCUCAGACGAAAUAACAGGAAAUACAGAACAGCGCAUAAGUCGAGAAAGGGAGGCCGAGAGAAUGCUGGCCCAGAGCGAGCGGGUCAUUAUAAUUCCGCUCGUUGGCAUGGAUAAGCUGGAAAUGGCAGUUGGGUCUUUUGGCCCCUUCUUUCCUAUGGCACCAGUCAGUGUUCCUCUGUACGUGGCGCUCUUCCUCAAGCACUCUCUUCUAUGCACAAUACAGCCACCAGAGUGGCUUGGGGUGCGGUAUCUACAGAGGGCGGUGGAGCGCGAGGAGAUAUCUGUAGAGGAGUUCUCGCAUAUUAGCAUGUACAUAUUUGAGAAUGCUGAGGUGUGUCUAGAAAGCUGCGACAUAACAGAAAGCGUUGGAGAGAUAAAAAUGCUUAUCAAACAGCUUAAAGAGAUCCGGCUGAAAAAGCUUCUGAAAGGAAUCGAGUUUAUAGAUACUUCAGUAAUUGGAAUGAACAACCUUACAUUCUAUGAGUUUAGAAAGAUAAAAGAAUACCUAAUACCGCAUAUAUCAAUGCAAAAGCUUCUGUCAAAAGGCAGAUAG